AUGUUCUGCAAGCGGUCCAAGGGGGCGGAGUCGAUCCGUGAAGUCAGGGGCGGGGACCCGACCAUGGCCACGUCCUUCCCAACCAACAAGAUCUCCAACACAAAGUACACCAUCUACAACUUCCUGUUCCUCAACCUCUAUGAACAGUUUUCACGGUUCAUGAACAUCUACUUUCUGAUCAUUGCAUGCCUGCAGCUGUGGAAUGCGAUCACGCCGGUCAAUCCACUGACGACGUGGCUCCCGCUGAUUCUCAUUUUCCUUGUCUCUGCCAUCAAGGAAGGCCUCGACGACUACUUUCGGUACAAGGCCGACAAGGAGGCGAACAACCGGGCGGUGCAGGUGUCUCGCGACGGGGUGCUUGUGGAGAUGCGUGCUGCCGACAUUGUGGUGGGCGACAUCCUGUACAUGGUUGAGAACGAGCAGAUUGCUGCCGACGUGGUGCUGCUCAAGUCGUCGUCCGACGGGGCGGCGUACAUCGAGACAGCCAACUUGGACGGCGAGACGGAUCUCAAGUCGCGGACGUGUCUUGCCGAGACGCAGGAGCUGAGCGGGAGCCAGGUGCUCAACUUUAAGGGCGUGUGCGAGUGUGCGGCGCCGAACCCGGAAAUCUACAAGUUUGACUCGCGGCUGCGGCUGACGACGGACGCAAACGCCGAGUCGCUCUCGCUGAGUGCCAAGCAGACUGCGCUUCAGGGGUGCAUGCUGCGGAACACCGAGUGGGUGUACGGCAUGGUGGUUUACACCGGCAACGAGACAAAGAUUGGCAAGAACAAGCGGAUUCCGCCAACCAAGUGGACGCAUCUUGACCAGCUGAUCAACAAGGCGACUGUGGCGAUUUUCACGCUCCAGGUCUGCUUCAUCAUUGCGUUUGGCAUUGCCGGCGCGUUGUGGCGCGAGGACAAGGGCAAGAAGAUGGAGUACCUGCUGGUCUCCAAGGAGGAGUGGUACGAUCCGAUUGUCAUUCCACUGCGGUUCAUGCUCCUGAUGUCGUUUAUGAUUCCCAUCUCGCUCAAGGUGACCAUGGACAUGGUCAAGUUCUACUACGCGCAGCUGAUCAACUGGGACAUCCACAUGUACGACGAGGAGACGAACACUCCGGCCGAGGCCAAGAACACGGCUAUUUCGGAGGAUCUCGGCCAGCUCGAAUACAUCUUUCGGACAAGACCGGAACCAUUACGGAGAACGUGA